CCGGACAGCGCCAGUGUGCCGCUGGUGCCGGAGCGAUCACUACCUCCCGAUGGAGCUCAGUGUGGCGCUGGUGCGUCGGGUGCGGGCCGCGCACACCACCGUGCUGCUUCUCAUCAUGGGACUGGUCGGCAUCGGCACUCUGCUUCAAUCAGUUGACGUCCUACGUCGAACUGAAAACUACACGGGCUCAAGCAAUCAACUGCGGAGCUGCUAUCGUGAUCUGGGGCGUGCUUACCACCGGCUGAGACCUCGCGACUCCAGUCCGGAAGGCGAGGCGUUCCGGACGCGCCACUGGUGGCUGAUGGCUGCCCUUGUCCGCGCGCUGGACAAGCUGGAAGUACCCCACUGGCUGGGCAGCGGCUCCCUCUUAGGGUUCUUCCGUCAGUGCGAGCUGGUGCCGGCCAUGGGGGACGUGGACCUGGAGGUGGCCAUCGAGGCGCUGUGGGAGCGCAACAUCACCGUCCCGCAACUGGUGGAGGCGGCCAGCGCCGAGGGCGCCCAGCUCCGGCACCAGUUCGGCCUACCAGAGGACAGUCUGGAGCUGUCGUUCGGUGACGGUAACGGCACGCGGCUCGAUGUGUUCUUCUCCUACCCGCAGGCCAACGGCACGCGCUACAUCGGCGGCAUCGACACCGACACGCUGCAGAAAUACAAAUGGUCGUACCCGGACUUUGAGCUCUGCUGGGCUCUGCUGGACGUACUGAGGGUCGGCGUGCCCUGUGAACCCUCCGUCUACCUGCGAACCUUCUACGGGCCCGACUGGGCGUCACCUCCGCCCGAGGGCCCGUGGAACUACCGUACCGGACACCCAAACGUGGUCGAAAAUGGCCGCUGGCCGGAAAGCAUGAGGGCCGAAGUGUUUCAGACUUUCAACGACGUUCAAAGACGUUCAAGACGUUGAUGUGAUAGUUUAGGUACACACAUGCUAUUUAUUUUGUAUAAUAUCGGCAAAGCCAUCUGACCACUUGUUUAACUUUCAUCAUUCACCAUGCUCAUCGAACUGAUAUUUCAGGAGUUUGCUGGGUGUGAACACAGACCGUACCAGUCAAAGGAUAGGACUAGUUUGCAAGGAAAAACGUCAUUUCUUCGUGCAUUGCUGAGGUCAUUUUCUGCUUUUGUGCUUCCCUUUCGUAUCUUAUGUGUGUUAUUUUAUGUGAGCGACUUUGUCCGGCCGUCGGCUGUGCAUUGCUAUACCUCGGCUGAGGCUCGGGCCUCUGUAUGGCGGCACAGCCUACCAAGCUGCAGGGUGGGCCCGUGUUGCUUGACUCGUUAAUGAGUACUUUGAACAAUAAACAAAUGUAAAUGAAA